AUGAAGGGACUGGGUCACCUACUUGGAUUGCCUGCUGUCAUCAUCACAAAGAACAACACACAUAUUUCCACGGCGCUACCACGACAUGUCGCGGAUGUUUGGGCGUUCCCGGGCACGUUUGUGUGA